AUGCAAAACAUCAGAACUUUCAUCCCUCCUCAAAGGGUAUUUCCUGCAAUUCUGCAGACGUGUUUGUCUUAUUCUGUGACUGCUAGACUGGCCCCUAAAUGGAACAAAGCAGGACAAUAUCUAAUAGCAGGAAAGGAUUUCCUCAGUGACUCUGGAAAACUCAGUGCAGUUGUGCUUGAGCUGAGUCUCACUGAGACUCAACUGUGUGUCAGUGUGAAAGCCAACACAGUCAGACUUCCUCCAGCUUUAAUAAAGGAUUUUGAUAUUCCUGCUCCUGUGGUGAAAAACUUCCUCUGCACUGAUGAUGCUGUGUACCACACAGUCAUACCAAAUAACUGGUGCCACAUUCUGCCAAGGGAGCAGAAAGGCCAAAUCAUUAGCAUCAGUCACAGGAUUCCACAGGAAAGCCCAUUCCAAUCUUAUAUGGAGUUUCAAAAGCACUGGAACAAUAUGUAUAGAUAUUAUCAGCUGCCCUCAGUAAGUGAAGAGGAAGUCAUCUACUGCAGUGUGUACUUUAAACCAAUAGGUGACAAGCUGUUCACAUAUCCAUUGUGCUGUAUCCGCACUCAGCCAGUACAGUGCUUUCCCAAAGUGGACCUGCAGGGGGUGCUGGGGACCUUCAUAUCAGAUCUGCAGGCCGGACUGGAGAGUGCUACUACAGCAAUGAACUGAGAAGACCAGACACUCAGGUACUGCACACACACACACACGCACGCACGCACGCACACACACACACUCACACACACACACGUCUAUAAACACAAACAUGCCAUCACUUCGCU